GAUCGUGGUGGAGUUUCAUCAUUCAUUAGCGAUCCGCAUUUUUUCGUGAAAUUCUAAGGAAACUAUGGCAUCGAUCGUGGCACCGGUUGCAUUCAGAUUCACCCGUAUAACGAUUGACAGUCUUCGGAACGUUAAUAAAAAUAUUUUACUUAGGUUAUCUCAACAGUCGUACGGUUCUCGACAAAGGCAGGAAUACAGUACGAUUAUAGAAGAAAAGAAACCCGAUAAUGGAGAAUUGCCAGAGCCUACGGAGAAUGAGAAGAAAUUAAAGGGGGACCUCGAACUCCUCAAUAAAGAAUUGGCGGAGGUUAGAGCUGAUAAAGAUGAAUUAGAGGACAAAUACAAAAGGGCGCUUGCGGAUGGAGAAAACCUUAGAGUUAGAUUAACGAAACAAGUUGACGAUGCGAAAUUGUUCGGUAUUCAAGGUUUCUGUAAAGAUCUCUUAGAAGUAGCAGAUGUCUUGAGCAAAGCUACAGAAAGUGUACCGAAAGAUGAACUGACAAAUAAGAAUCCACAUUUAAAAACAUUGUUCGAGGGUGUACAGAUGACAGAUGCACAGUUGCAAAAAGUGUUCAAGAAGCAUGGUCUAAUUUCAAUAAAUCCACUGAAUGAAAAGUUUGAUCCUAAUCAACAUGAAGCUUUGUUUCAACAGGAAGUUGAAGGUAAAGAAGCAGGCACAAUUGUAGUUGUAUCUAAACUGGGAUAUAAAUUACACGGACGAGUAGUAAGACCAGCAUUAGUUGGUGUUGCUAAAGGAUAGUUUAUUGUUGUGUAUUAAUUAAGGAAGAAAUGAGGACCUCCUUGGAAAAGUACUAUUCGUUCAGAUGUUAAGUACUAUAUAACUAAAAUUGAAAUAUGAACUGUAGAACAUGAAUGUUAAAAAUCAAUACUGAAAGUGAGCAGAAAGCACGAAUUUCAUGAUUAGUACAUUUGUUCUAA